CCUCAUUACUGCACCGGAGGGGGAAAGACAGGGAGACGGAGAGGAUUCUGCUCACACGCACGCAGCGACAAAACGGCGGAGGCCUUUGGACCGGAUUCACUUCGUUUUCUUCAGCAAAUCAGAGCGACUUAACUUUAGUUCGAACUUCAGCGCCGUUUCUCGGCUCCGGUGAGUGAGAAAGUCGGUGCGUGUGCGCGCGCACAGUGGGAUCAUCACGCGCCCGCCGGGACGAGAAACUUUACCUCUUCACUCCUUUCCUUACAGCCGCAUCUCUCACCUUCAUGCUCUGACACCUUCCUCCUUUACAUGAAGGUAAACAGAACACAUCUGAGAAGUGUGUGUGAGUGAGAGUGUGUGUGUGAGUGAGUGUGUGUGUGAGUGAGUGUGUGAGCUCAUGGCGCAGUCCCGUUAACGGACCGUCUGCAACGGACAGAUAACAGAUAAAAACAAACCAAACAAACACCCCAGAAGUGUUAGUGAGCCGGGAAAAGCACGUGACUGCGUGUUUGUGCGCGUCAGUUGGACUGUUAUGGAGGCUCGGUUCGGUUUAGGGGAACUUUUUAAUGCCCCGUAUGGAGCGGACCUUCCGCGUGGCGCGCGAGAGACUGGAGCAGUGGUUCCUCUUACAGAGAUGUGGGACGGCGAGUGGAGGGACGCGCACCGGGGUGACGGCACCAGCGGAGGAGGAAGUGGAGGAGGAGGAGGAGGAGGGGGGACAGCGCGCUCCGUUACGGUGCGGGACGGAAAAGAGUCCUCGAGUUGCACGGAGGACCGUGCGGCCGUCACCACGCUGAGUGAGCUGCUCUGUUCAGACACCGGAUACAACAACAACAUCGCCAACCACAACACUGCCACAGGAACACGCGGCUGCACGCGCGAGCUGACAGCCAGCGGCGGAGACACGAGCGCCAUCCCGAGUCGCUGCUGCUGUUCCGUUAGCACCGACACGAGCACCACCGCCGCCACCACGACCAUCUCGGAGACGGCGCGCGAACUGUGCAAAGCCGUGUCCGUGUCACUGGGGCUGGCCAUGGACCCCCACGCGCACCACGACGGGAACAGGAGCUCAGACUUUUUCGAAGUGCGCCGGAGGAAGGAGGAGGAAGAGGAGGAGCGGGUGCACGCGCGAAGCGACGACAGGAACAGAAGCAGCAGCAGCAGCAGCACAAACGCAGGUGGUGGAGACGCCGCAGCAGGACGUGAGGGACGCGCGCCGCACGUGCACGGCGACAACAGCAAACUACUUGAGAUGUUCAAAAGUGGCGACGAGGAGGACAUGAUGACGAUGAUGCAGAUGGACAACGCUCGCGCGCAUCACCAGGCAGCAGUGAUAACGGAGAAUGCGGAUUUCGGACCGGGCAUCGCGAGCCUGGUGCGUUCCAAAAGCUCGAGCGCGGCGGCGGGUUCUUCCUCUUUGUCCUGUCAGUUCCAGCAACAACAACAACAACAUCAACAACAACACGACGCGCAGUUAAACCUCGAGCUCGCGCCGCCAGUGCACGACAGGUACGGUGAUGAUUACUACUACUACUGGCCGCGCUACAACAACGUGCGCGUGAAGUACGAGACCGUGCCGCCGCCGUUGACUCGCUAUGGUCACGGCUCUGCGCAGUACGGGAAUCCCUCGUGCACCCGCUCCUCAGCAGGACUGGACGCGCCGCUCAUCUGCAGCCCGUACGAGUACGACUACGGCGCGAGGACCGGACCAGGACCGGGUCUCAGUGCUGCGCACGAGCCGUGGUACCACCAGAGCGGCUCCGUGUUACCCCGCGUGUCUUACCCCACUGCCACGUGCAUGAAGAACGAAGUCGGAGAAUGGCUGGAUGUGAGCACAGUGCAGGACUGCGGGUUAGACAGUGGGAGGGAGGUGUUCCCCAUGGAGUUUUUCUUCCCCCCACAACGCACCUGUCUGAUCUGCUCUGACGAGGCAUCCGGCUGCCAUUACGGAGCUCUGACCUGCGGCAGCUGCAAAGUGUUUUUCAAAAGAGCGGCAGAAGGUAAGCAGAAGUAUCUGUGUGCGAGCAGGAACGACUGCACCAUUGAUAAGCUGAGGAGGAAGAACUGUCCAUCCUGUCGUCUGAAGAAGUGCUUCGAGGCUGGAAUGACUCUGGGAGCUCGUAAACUGAAGAAGAUUGGUCAGCUGAAGGUUCCUGAAGAAGAGGGUUCAGGUCCAUCCAUGCUGUCCAGGUCCGGGUCAAUCGAGCUGAUCCAGAAUGCGUCACCCAAAGCGAGUCUGACGUUCCACUCGCAGCUCGUCUUCCUCAGCAUCCUGGAGUCCAUCGAGCCUGAAGUAGUGAAUGCCGGGCAUGACCACGCCCAGCCCGACUCUGCCGCCGCGCUCCUGACCAGCCUUAACGAGCUCGGAGAGAGGCAACUCGUUAAAGUGGUCAAAUGGGCCAAAGGACUGCCAGGAUUCCGUAACCUGCAUGUGGACGAUCAGAUGACGAUGAUCCAACAUGCCUGGAUGGCUGUGAUGGUCUUCGCUCUUGGAUGGAGAUCGUACAAGAACGUUAACGCUCGCAUGCUCUACUUCGCUCCUGACCUGGUCUUCAACGAUCGGAGGAUGCACGUCUCCAGUAUGUAUGAACACUGUUUGCAGAUGAAACACUUGUCGCAGGAGUUCGUCUUGCUGCAGGUCACACACGAGGAGUUUCUCUGCAUGAAGGCCCUCCUCCUCUUCAGCAUCAUUCCUGUGGAGGGAUUGAAGAGUCAGAAGUACUUUGAUGAGUUGAGGUCGUCGUACAUUAAUGAACUCGAUCGUCUGAUUAAUUACGGCAGGAAGAGUAACUGUGCACAGCGCUUCUAUCAACUGACCAGACUAAUGGACUCACUGCAACCGAUUGUCCGGAAGCUUCAUCAGUUCACCUUUGACCUUUUCGUUCAGGCUCAGUCUUUGCCUACGAAGGUCAGCUUCCCUGAGAUGAUCGCUGAAAUCAUCUCAGUGCAGGUACCAAAGAUCCUCGCCGGCCUGUCCAAGCCCAUCCUGUUCCACAAGAACAUGACUCCGCCCCAUCCGGCACCCAGGCUGGCCACGCCCACUCAGCCAGACCUGGUCUAAUCUCAUGUGAUCCAGUCUGAACCGGUUUCUCCAACUUCAUCUUUUUUUGUUGUUAUGUUUCAGCAGGGAGACUUAAGCAUCCUCAUUUUUACUUUCUCUUUCUCUCUCUCUCUCUCUCUCUCUCUCUCUCUCUCUCUCGCUCACUCACACACUCUCCGUAUUUUUCUUUCUUCUUCUGAAAGUGUCUGUAAAAUCUGCAGAGGACCAUUACAUCAUUACUCUGGUCUAUCUUCUGCUCAAAGAUAAUUUCAGAUCAUUUUCUCACUCUGGCAGCGUCGUCUCUCUCUCUCCCUCUCUCUCUCUCUCUCUCUCUCUCUCUCUCUCUCUCUCUCUCAUUCUUUCUCUCUCUCUCUCUCUCUCUCUCUCUCACACUGUCUCUCACACUGUCUCUCUCUCUUUCUCUCUCUCUCUCAUUCUUUUUUUCUCCAGCAUUUAUUCCUGAAGAGUCUGAAGAGCUACGCUGUGUUACCUGAUGGACAGGUUUAUAAAAAAAAGAAGAAGAAGAAGAAAAGGGAGAAAAAAGUCCUUUAGUUUUAUCUGAGCCCUGACAAGACAAAGUGUGCACUAGAAAGUUUCCCUAGGAGAAGCACUGGUCUGUUUACUUCACAUAUGACUCUAUGCAUUAGGGGAAAAAAUAUAAAAAUAAUAAUAAAAAGGUCUAAAAUAUAAACUGCCAUACGCUUGCACCUUUUAAAAAACUCUGAAAAAAAAAACGCUGCUUUUUUGCCAGUUAAUAUCCAACCAAAACGACGACAAUCGAAAUGUGUUCGUUCUCUGUGCCUCCAGAUUCUUUACUUUCCAACACGACAAGAACAUCUCUGAGUUCCACACGGUUUCACCACCACAUGCUCAAACGUACGUGAUGUUCCCUUUAGCACAUAUGUACGCCAUCAGUUACGCCAUCACACGCUAACGUAGCUAACAGAUCGUCCCACCAGCUCAGAUCCUGCUCACUCCACACUGACAAAAACACUGGGUUCUUCCAGUAACUGAUCCUUUCUCACAGGGUUCCACAAAGAACCACUGAAGAAUUCUUCAGAAGGUCUUCAAAGAGUUUAUUGAUUAGUAAAGAUGGGAUCUAAUAGGAUAGAGCUGAAGGGGAACCACUGUUGGAGGUUCUAGACAGAACCUUUAAACCUUUCAUGGAAAGGGAUGAACAAAGGAAUUUGAGGAAACAUUUGAGGAAAGCUGAUUCUCUAAGAUUUCUCUCUGAGAGUUUUAAAUAAUUAGUCAAGGGUCAUAAAGAUAAUCAAGGGUUCUAACAGGGUUCUACAUCCUGACAGGGAAACGUUCUCCAUUCACCUCUUCUAAAAGUCUACACUAAAGCAAUUCCUUAAGCAUUUACAGAAAUUAAUCUAAACAGAACCCUUACUGAAAGGGAACCACUGUUGUAGGGUUCCGUCGGAGAACCUUUAGACGUUUCUGUUGUAGAGGGACAACCAAAGAGCAAUUAAGCAUUUAAAAUGUUCUGUCACUGUACAGUACAUUUGCGGUGAAAGGAAACAUCAUGUACAUGUAGAUUUUAUUUGAUCUGUUUCCUUAAGGUCAGAACGAGGGGUGGGGCUAGUAUAGUGGGUGUGGCUUAAAAACAUAGCCCACGCCCCUGUUAGGUGUCUGUGAUAAUAAAUGUGAAUUGAUCCUUUUACAUUUUUACCAAAGACAUACCAUACAUACACGCACACACACACACACAUAUACAUACAUACAAACACACACACAUAUACAUACAUACAAACACACAUACACACACACACACACACACACAUACAUACACACACAUACAUACAUACAAACACAUACAUACACACUCAUACACACACAUGCACACACACAAACACACACAUACGUGCAUAUACACACCUACACACAUGCACACACACACAUAUACACACACACAGUUUGGACUGCUUCUGAAAACUAAAAAACAGAUUCUGUGCAUGAUGACUUUAACACUUCCACCUGAAUGUUUAAAUUUUUUUAUUAUAAACUUCGUUUAGUUUUUUUUUUUUUUCACUUUUUUCAGCUCGGCGCUUCAGCAUUUAGCGUAGCGUAGCUUAGCACGGCGUGGUCUCCUCACGAGCAAUAACACACACUGCUUACUCUUUAACACAGCUCUGUCACAGACACACAAACACACACAAACACACACCUCUGAUAACUCAGCUAGCUAAUAGACGUAGCGAGCUUACUGAUCCAUGCUAGCUGAUACAUUGAGUGUGCACUCAUUAGUCUCCCUCGUUCUCUUCUCCUCUCUCUUCCCUUCCUUCUAUCCCUCCCUUUGUAAACUUCGCUCUUCUCCUCCUCUCCUUUUUAUCUUUUCCUCCUGAACGCACCUGUCCAAAUUUCCUCUCUUUGUACUUCUUCUUUGUUUCUUUCUCUUACAUCCUUCUCUUUGUUCUUUCCUCCUUUUUUCCUUUCCUCUCAUCCGUCUCUCUAUCUACCAGGCAUCCAUUUUCUCUUUUCUGUUUCAAAUUUUUCCUUCUAGUCUUUAAUUUUUCACUUCACAGACCAGGAGUCCAGUGUGUGCGAGUGUGUCGAGUGUGUGUGUGUUAAUGUGUUAAUAGCUGAGCUGAAUACAGAUUCUCUGACUGAAUAAUCUCCCUGCCGCUUUGGUAUGUAGAUUGAUUUUUAAGGAGCUGGAGAGCGUCGUGUCUGUCGUUCUCGUGAGCUCCGGCCGGGCUUCAGGCUCCAGCAAGGAGGGUUUUUUCCUUCAGUUUCUUUUUUUUGUUGAGGGAAGAUGCUGUGAGGAGAAAACGAGGCUGUCAGGGAUGAGACAGCGCAAAAAAUACACUCACACAGGUGUUUACCACAAAAGAGCUCAUUACAAUCCAGCCAGAGAGUACUGCUCACACACACACACACACACACACACACACACACACAAGUCAUUAAUCAGUAAACACUUGAUCAUAAAGAAUCACAAGAACUCACAUACAUCAAGGAGAUUUUCUUACUGAGCAUGAUUAGCCUUUAGUGUUUAGCCUGUUAUACACACACACACACACACUCACAUACACACACACACACACACAAUCAGAACAACGCCUGAGCGUCUUCAGCUCAUUAAGUCAUAAAGUCACCGCCACUUCGAUGGUAAUUAUUGACUGCCGCUCACAGAGAGCUGCUCCAUAUUUGAUCACAGCUCGAAGUUCAUUUUGUUCUGCGUUUGUUUUUGUUUUUUGUUUUUUUUUUUAAUAUAAAAUCUCUACACAGUGCCUGUACUGCUAGCUGCAUGUCGUUACAACACGUUAGUUCUGUGAUUUCUAACGCAGCUUCGGAAUGCAGACUUUUCUGAAACACUUCACUGACACUGAUAUAAACACCGCUUUUGUAUUUUUAAUAUCCGACUUGAAGCCUUAAAGGUGCAGUUUGUAGUUUUUAACGUCAGAACCUUUAAUAAACAUUUGGUUUUUAAGGCAGAAUAGAAAAAUGACGUAUUAUGCAAAUUUAGCGACGUGUUCAUGUGAUGUCGGUUUCACAGGUUUUUGGACUUUUCUUCUUUUGGUGUUUCUGUUAGCUCCGCCCACCACAGAACAGACCACGCCUUAUUUCGGUACUGUUUGUCUAAAAAAAACGUGGAAUUCUGAAUUUAUUAUAGAAAAAAUUAACUUCAGACAAAAUCAGAAUUGACAUCAAAAAUUGACAAAAAAAUUACAUUUUACAGAAAACAUAACUUUUACAAAAUUAAACUUUACCCAGCAUUUGAAUUUUUUUUACAAAAUGAGAAUUAAAAUCAGUCCUCAGUAUCCUACAGUCUGUUUCCUAAACACACACUUGUUACCCCAACCCUACACACACUAACCCUACACACACUAACCCUACACACACUAACCCUACACACACUAACCCUAACCCUAAAUAAAAGAAGGUGUGUCUCUGUGGUAACAGGCUGAAGGGGCAGGGCCACAGGUACAGUAAGCAUAUAGGGCGGAACUAAGUGGCUUCAGGUAACUGAGGGGCGGAGCUGAGACUCAGUUGUUGUUGUUUUUUUUAAGGCUACACACUGUUAAAACUGCGUGAAAAUUUUUUAAAGUGCGAACUGAAGGUACGUGAAAAAAAAACCCUUCGUACUCCAGAGUUUCAUGAGUUACAGUGAUGCAUUUUUAUGAUGAUUGUGUUUACAUGCGUUUAUGCCGCGUUUAUUUUUUUGGUAAUGUUUUUUUGUUUGUUUGUUUGUUUUUGUUUUUUUUUUUUGACAGGAAAUGAACUCAAAAAAAUUAGCCAAAUGAAUUGAUUUCUUAUUCAUAUUUUUAAUACAACAUUGAGAUUUGUUUUAAAAUUACAAACUGCUCCUUCAAGAUAAAGUUCGUUCUCAAACUGAAGCUAAUAUUCUCGUCGCUUUGUAGCUAAACAGAAUAAACACACUGUAAGAACAGAAACUUUUUACGCUCGCAUCUUUUUGUCUUUUAUGAAGUGCUUAUCUAGUGCUUGGGAAGUGCUUAUGUAGUUAUUGAAGUGCUUAUGUAGUGCCUAUGUAGUGAUUACGUAGUGCUUAUGUAGUGCCUAUGGAGUGCUUAUGUAGUGAUACGCUCUGCUUUUGUACUUUUGCUACUCGAGUUAAUGCCUUAAAAUGGAGAUUGUUUUCAUCUUGUAGCAUGCACGCUUCAUUUAACGCAAGCCAAAGUUCAAAUCAGUCAAGAAAUAAAGCAAUAACUAAAAAAUAAAAAUAACAAAA